UAACAAUUUGCCGCCAAAAUGUCAGCCAGCUUGCUCGGGUUUGAGUGCUAUCUCGAGACGCAGCUGGUGAUUGACGCGCUGCUUCCCACCGGCCGGCCUGCCAAAGGGUCGCAUGUGGUCAUGGUGCUCGCCAAACCGGGGUCUGACGGCAAUCCAGUGGUCCAGCUCCCCGUGUCGGCGUUGCGAAAGCAGCCCGCGAGCAACUCAAACGCUAACGCAAACGCAAACAACAACAACAGCACCGAGUCCGAGCCACCUCAGCCAGGUGCAGCACCGACCCAACCAGCAGAGAGCACUCCGACCAGUAGUGCUGGUACAACGAGCGAGACCGCGGACGACGGCGCUCCUGCCGCCGCGUCGGCCGCCGAAUCCACCAGUCUUGCUGUUUCACCCGCAGAGCCGGCAGAGUUUGCCUCGCUCGCCCUCGCGCCUGCGCUUGCGCCUGCGUCCAAAGCCGCUGAGAAUGGCACUCAUAUUUCAUUGUCGCUCCGGGAUGGCGUGUGUCUUGUCGUGUUCAACGCAAAGAUCAAAUCAGGCGUGUUCUAUCCGAUUUACAAAAAUGUUCGAAGCGUAUUUACAAAGUUUGUUGGCGAAGGCCGUGCAACUAUUGAACUGCAACAGCCGCAUUUCCGAUUAUUCAUUUCAAAGGCCAACCCAAAACGAUUAGACCAGUUUCUCGGACGCCUGCAUCGAGCGUUCACGACGCCAGCACAUGAGCUGUCAGACGACGAUGUUCGAACCGAUGCUGUGGCGCUCGAUCAAGUGAUGGCACGAGCUCGACCGUCCUUGCCGCCCAGCACGGCUGCACCCGCUGCUGCUUCUGCCUCUGCGCCGGAUCCGACACAGGCUGCGCUUCGUCGUCCCACCAUGCAAGCACCGCUGCAUGACGUGCGUCGUGAUAUUCCUGGAGUGUUGACCAAGCAUCUUACCUCGAAAUCGGUCGCUCCUAAACGAAGCAACUUGCAAGGCGUCACACUCUACACACCGUCCGACUCACGCGGCACGACCGCACCUGAUGAGACGGCUCAUCCCUCUUCUUCGGCUUCUUCUUCAUCUUCGUCAUCAUCUUCUUCCUCUGUGGAUAGCGACUCUGCGAGUAACAGUACACGCGCCCCUGCCCAUGGUCCCAAUCAGCCUGCUGCAUCGAUUGCGACUUCUGACGCUGUGGAGACGAACGAGCAAACAACCACCACCACCAGCACACGCAAGUGGCCGGUCUUGGCCUCUGCUGCCUACAAUCCAUUCAUCACCCCAUCAACCCGAAAAACAACGCUGAAGGCGCAAAAUCUGGCAACCCUGGAUCAAACGAUCAACGCAGAGUCCACCGUGAUAAAGGCAGCAGGACUGCAGCUCAAGGCCAUCCCUUCUACCCUUCUGGAACUCAAGCAGCUGACAUCUCUCGACUUGAGCGCAAAUAUGCUGCGUGAGCUGCCUGCGGCGUUUGUUCAAUUGGCGCCAACCCUCGCUGUGCUCAAUCUGCAGCACAACCAGCUGAGCGAGCUCCCGCUGCUGCUCUCCAAGUUUGAUCGACUGUCAUCACUGACAGUUUCCAACAACCAGAUUCGCCGUAUUCCAGCGCGCUUGUGCUGGGCGCUGCCUUCGCUCGUCCGGCUCGAUCUGAACAACAACAAGCUCACAUCCUUGCCUGCGGAUAUUGAUCGCCUACCAGCGCUCCGCGGCCUGCACAUUGCCUUCAACCAACUCUGUCACAUUCCGCACGAAAUCCUUCGGCUGAGACUGCAAGAUUUUGACACGUCCGGCAAUCCGUUUGUGCUAGACGACGAGAUCAAAUCCACCUCCUUUGAAUUCCCGUCGCUCUAUGAGCUGGCUGCUCGGGCCACGUGGCGGCAAGUAAAGACGGGCCGCAAUCCACGCGAAAAGACCCUCUUGGCUGAGCAACAGCAGGAAGAGCGUCGGCGGCGCGCCACGACCUCGGCGUUCAACGUCAUCUCCCGCGCUAAAGCCGCUCCCGCACCACCACACAAGUCCGCCAGCAAGCUCAUGUCCGUGUCCGAGCUUACCCAAGUACUACCACUCUCGAUCAUUGAAGAGCUGGCCGGAGCGAACUGGUGCAGCGAGUGCAAGGACAUUUUUCUGCGAAGCUACAACUUUGGCGUCCAAAUUCUCUCGAUGCGGAACGUUGCGGAGAACAGUGUGCUUCAUCAAGACUUGGGGGAACAAGUGCCAGUGUUGCACCGCUGGUGCUCUCCGAAAUGCGCCGCUCAAUCCUCUCUGGGUAACCGUAUCGUGUUUGGCUAUCAUUCUCCAGGCGAUGAGCCCAUGCAAACGUAAAGUGUUUUUGUUGAGUGUGGGCUGUUGGAAACUGAAG